ACUGUCAAUCACUGUCAAUAUACAUGUAAAGAGAUUUGUAUCCACUGUUUGUUUAUUUAGCUAGUAAUAGUGAAAGAAAAACUCAAUUUAUUUAUAAUUUACCUAAUAAUGGAGGUGAAACAGGAGCCGGAAAAUGUUUUAAUUGAAGCGACAACAAUUGAAAUGAAUAAAUGUUUUAUACCAAAUAAAAACGUCGAAGAAAUUUAUAAGAAAAAACACACUGAAAGUAAUAUGACGGCAAAGCCAAACGAAUUGGUAUCAAUAAAACAAGAACUUGAUAUUGAUCUAUUACCUGAUUAUUCACAGCAAAAAUGUAUAUAUAGUCAAAGUGAAAUUAAUACCAUUGUUGAUUGUGUCAAAUUGAAAGACAAUUUGGUUAAAAUAAAGAACGCUAAACAUUCAAGAGCAGGAGCUUCAGUUAGAAGAAGUAUGAAACUUUGGGUCUUACCUGGUGGUAUAUUAAUUUGUAAGUUGUGCGGAAUCUUGUACAUUAGAAAAAUCGAGUUCUGCCACCACAUAACCCAACAUAUCGUCAAUAAAAAACAACUUGGGACACGUAAACAUACAAACUACGCCAAUGAACAAAAUAACAAAGAAUCAGAACCCAUUGAAUUUGCCGUAAAAGAUCAAUAUGAAAAUAAAUUAACUAAGGAAAGUUUGCAAGAUUCCUCCAACGAAACAACCGCUGAUACCGGAAAGGGACGUUUCAAGUGCGAUUUUUGUUUGCUAUGUUUCAAGGUUAAAAGCCAUUUUGUGAAACACGUGCGCACUCAUACGGGCGAAAAACCUUUCAAAUGCGAUAUUUGUUUGAAACGUUUCAACCAACGUGGCACAUUGAACAUACACAUACGCAGCCACACCGGCGAAAAACCGUUCGAAUGCGAAAUUUGUUCGAGAAAAUUUUCGGUCAAAAGUAGCGUGGUGAUACACAUGCGCCGCCACACCGGCGAAAAACCGUUCGAAUGCGAAUUUUGCCCGAAACGGUUCACGGUUAAAAAUCAUUUAAUCAAACACACGCGUACCCACACCGGCGAUAAACCGUACCAGUGCGAAUUCUGUUCCAAAGUUUUCACAGUCGAAAAUCAUUUGGUCGAACAUAAGCGCAGUCACACCGGCGAGAAACCUUACAAAUGCGAUAUAUGUUUGAAAAUAUUCGCGCGCAGAACGCAUCUAGUUCGACACAAGCGUUGCCACACGGGAGAGAAACCGUUCGAAUGCGAACUAUGCCAGAAAUGUUUUUGCGAAAAGGGCGCUUUAAAUAAACAUUUGCGUCGACACGCCGGCGACAAGCCGCACAAAUGCGACAUUUGUCUGAAAUCGUUUACGGAAAGAGGCACUUUGAAUAAACACAUGCUGUGGCAUACCGGCGAAAAACCGUUCAAAUGCGACGUCUGUUUCAAAUCGUUCACGUGUAAAAGAAGUUUGGGUAGACACGUCCCAAUACACACCGGCGAGAAACCUUUCAAAUGCGAAUCUUGCCCAAAAGCCUUCAUACUUAAAAGCCAUUUGAUCCAACACCUGAACGGUCACAGAGACAACAAACGAUUCCAAUGUAAAAUUUGUAUGAAACAUUUCACCCAGCGAGGCACUUUGAAUGUCCACACGCGCAUCCAUACCGGCGAAAAACCAUUCAAAUGCGACACGUGCCCGAAGAUUUUCGCCUGUAGGAGUCAUUUGGUGCGACACACGCGUUGCCAUACCGGCGAACGACCGUACGAAUGUGAUAUCUGUUCGAAAUCUUUCGGCGAACGGGGCUCUUUGAAUGGACACAAGCGCGGUCAUACCGGCGAGAAACCCUUCAAAUGCGACAUUUGUUCGAAAUAUUUCACUCAGAGAAGUAGUUUGAAUAAACAUAUGCGGUAUCACACUGGCGAAAAAUCCUUCAAAUGUGAUAUUUGUUUCAAAAUUUUUAUACGUUCAACUCAUUUGGAUCAACAUAUGCUUUGUCAUACCGGCGAGAAACCCUUCAAAUGCGACGUCUGUUCUAAAUCGUUCAGGUGCAAGAGUAAUUUGACUCAACACUUUCGGUGUCAUACCGGCGAAAAACCAUUCAAAUGCGACAUUUGCUCAAAAUUCUUCAGGUGCAAAAGUAAUUUAGUGCAACACACGCGACGUCAUAAUGUUGAACGAAAUAUCGCAUUUACACAUAAAUAAGAAGGCUGCUACUUAAGUUUUGACAUUGACAUAUGUCGUUGUCAUAUCACAAAAGACGAUCGCCCUUCCUCCAAAACGUCCCUAAACCAAAAUUGAUGAUUCUGAGCAGUGUACAAUCGUAAUAAACCCGAUUUUUGGGUCGACGUACGGCAAUGGAUGAAAUAUGGCUGUAUCUUUUCACAACGGAGUCCAAUCGACAUUUAAAAGAGUGGAUUGCACGUGAUAAACCGACUCCAAAACGUGGAAACUCGCAAAAAUCGACUGGCAAAGUUAUAGCUCCAGUAUUUAAGGAUGCGCAUGGUGGGAGAAAUCCACAAACAUCGGUUAAUACUUGGCGUUGUUGGAACAUUUGAAUGACGAAAUCGUGGAAAACCGGCUCAUCAAAAGAAUGCAUCGCGCCAUAAAUCACUAGAAACGAAUUAAUUGAGCGUCAAAUUGCUCCCACAUUCACCGUAUUCUCCAUAUCUGAGUCCCAGCGAUUUUUUCUUGUUCUCAGAACUUAGGGGAUGCUCGCCAGACGGACAUUUUGCGCCUAUGGAGUGGUUAUCACCAAAAUGGCGAUAACCACUCUAAUUUGAGGCUGAAAAUAAAUCGCUCUAUCAAAAAAUGUCUUUAAAGUAAAUCACAGAAAAUAGUUUCCAUCACUAUGCUGUCAUUUUGACCUUGAAAAGUGCUCUGUACAUUUUAAGCAGACUGCCGCUCUAAAAGGGCUCAAUUUCGAGGCUUCCGAAUGCGAGAAUUAUCGUUCUGAAGACUGUGAUCAAUUCUGGCGUGCUACAGAACCUCCUGACCUGAGUUUUUUGACCAAACAGGAAAAUGGAGACGGAAAUCAGCAACAAACUGAAAGAGGUAGACCUGCACGAGCAUGGAGAGGAACUAUCGAUAAAGAACUGCAACAGAUAAACUCAACAUGGACAUAUGCCAAAGAAAUAGCAAAAACAGAAGAAAAUGGAGAGCCUUCGUCAACUAAAUUGGAAGGAAUUUACAAACCACGACCUCUACAAUCUGUAGUUGGUAUAUAUUGAAAUUUUUGAUGCAACGAUGAAACCUCUUUUGCUGUUAUUAAUUCCUUGCAUAAUUUCGGCACUCUCCAAAGAUGUCAAGUGAAAGUAGGACACUGCUGUUUGACUUUCCUGUCAAACUUCCUGUCACAACUCAACUCAAGUACUCUGCGUAGCUUCGGAUCGUUGUAUCAGUCGCCCUUCCUCCAAAACAUCCCCAAACCAUCGCCGUGUUUUACAGUUGGGAUUACACAUGGAUUUAACAUCCGACCUGCGCACAAACUCUCUUCUUUUAGUCCCAAAAACCUCAAACUAUCUCCCAAUCGCCUUUCCACUAUUGAAGUACUCAAAGGUAGAUCCCUAGAUUCAUCGAUCUGAGCUGGGCCUGCGAGUCGUUGAUCACUUUUACUGAUACGUUUAUCUUCAGCGGUUGUGGUCUUUCGAAGUCGCCCUAAACGUUCUCUAUCUUUUGCCGAGACUAUGAACACAAGUUUUAACCGAUAGUUCCUUGGUUUUCCAUUUCAAAACUUACAAGUCUGAAUUGGCGAGAACGAAAACGAGUAUCGCAAAUAUAUGUUAUGGGUCAAAUGGGACUAAACUACGAUCAUAAACACAGUUAGAAAAUAAUAAACAAUUCAGCCUGUAUUGUACUAACAGAGGCUGUGGAAAUGGACUACAGACUAAGCAACUGCUCUGGACGAACUUGUGAUAAAGCAGAACAAGUGUCCGAAGAAAGCAUUGAUGUAUCGAUCGCUGAGUAGAAGAAGACGAGGAAGACCUUCCAGGAACUGGAAGGAAGGAAUUGCACAGACCAUGAAAGACAGAGCUAUCCAGGAAAGUGUAUUUCGAAAUUUUUGGCAGGUAGUGUAGACCUAGGAUUCUGGACUAUUAGAUUGUUGAAUGUAUAAUUGGAUAUCAUAUCAUUUUUGGAGUUUUUGGAAAUGGAGAUAACAGAUAGUAGAUAACAUUCAGUAUUAUUCCAAUAAUAUUUAAUACUCAAGUAUUAGUAAGUAACUCAAGUAUUUCGUAGUAUUAAUUUUAAGCAUCCUCAAAUGACAUGACAAGCUUUUAAAAAAUAAUUUGUAUCGGAAAUUCUGGAAUAAAAAUUUUAUAUAUA